UCUCAGGAGAGACAAGAGGGAGGGCAGAAGCUUAUAAUGGCCCGCUGACAGGGACUGCAUGGGACGGCCUACUAAAGAGAGCAUCUGAUGGGAUUAUAACACUCUUUCCUGUUCAUUUUUCCCCACUAAGAAUAACUCCACUCAGUCCGCUCAUGGUGUAGCAUCACAGAGACAAGACUACGUUGGGAACAAGUACUUUUUUUUAUCAAGAACUUGACUUUGGCAGAGAAAGAAAACCCAGGAAACUCUUUAAAGGAUUCAGUUUUGUAAGUUUCAAAUUCCUCCACAAGUAUUCAAGCUUGUUUCCAAUUUAAGAGCAGAGAAAGGAGGAUAAAACAUACUUUAUCUUGUUGGCUUGUUGUAUGAUAAAUUCUUUUUGGACAGCUACCACCAUCCUCAGGCCCUGUACUUCGCCCCAUUCUGCCCGCUCUUUCUGUGAUCAGGGUUUGACAGUCAAGACUUUGCCUUUUUAGGCUUCCCAUCAUCCUCACAUAUGCACACACGCAUUCUGAGGGGAUCUUGUCAAAUCAAGCAGAUGCACACUUACACAACUGGAACUGAAAACUGAAGUCGAACUUAUCUUUUGAUGUACCAUGGUUCACUGUUCCCACUAAACUCGCAGCCUAAACAGGACUGUGGUCAUCUUUAUUUUUACUCCCACCGGCUGUGACUGGGGCUCUUGCAUUUUGCUGUUUUGCAUCUUCAGGUUGCUUUGCAUUCGCUGCUCCCGCUUCACAUUUUUCCGUACCGUCCUCUCAGUGGAACUUGGCUCACAGUUGCCAUAAGUUGGGACUGAGGCCGAUUUAAGGAAUUUGGACCGAUGCUGCUUAUGAUUCGUGACACCAUGGAGGCAUUGGUUAUGCCGCAGAGGUUCCGCUUUUUCAUCCACCUCCCAGAGAAUCUUUUCCUAUGAAUUACUACGCUCAGCCCAAAUCCCUCAGAACCUGCAGCUAAAAUGAUGAACAAAGACUCUCGCUUUUCUAGGAAGAUGCACGGCAGCUUCUCCACACGCAGGCACUCCUGCAUUGGUUUUGAUGUGGAGAAUGGCUUAUCAGUGGGACGCAGCCCCCUGGACGCCCAGGGCAGCUCCGGUUCUGGUCUGGUCCUACAGGCCAACUAUCCACACAGUCAGAGGCGGGAAUCCUUCCUGUACCGCUCUGACUCUGACUUUGACCUUUCACCCAAAGGUCCCUCCAGGAACCCAUCCUCAGCCAGUGAUCUGGAAGAAAGCUUGAAGCACUGGGAGGUCAACUGGUUGUCAUCGCGACACUCAGAAGACAUGAUAGUCACACCUUUUGCACAGGUCCUCGCCAGUUUGAGGACAGUUCGAAGUAACUUUGCCGUCAUAACUGGCCAGCAAGACAGAGCAGCCAGCAAGACACGAUCUUCAGGAAGCAACCCACCCUCAAUGUGUAAGACCAGUCUUGCAGAGGAGCCCCACCAGCAGCUGGCCAUAGAGACUCUAGAUGAGCUGGACUGGUGUCUGGAACAACUAGAGACGCUGAAAACUCGACACUCUGUGAGCGAGAUGGCUUCCAACAAGUUCAAGAGAAUGCUGAACCGAGAGCUCAGCCAGCUGUCAGAGACCAGCCGCUCGGGGAACCAGGUGUCUGAGUUCAUCUCCAGUACCUUUCUCGAGAAACCACAUGACAUGGACAUCAUGUCUCCUCCUACCAAGGAGAAAGACAAAAAGAAGCGUCCCAUGUCCCAGAUUAGUGGCGUCAAGAAGGUCACCCACAGCCUCGCCCCCUCCACCAUCCCUCGCUUUGGGGUCAACUCCAGCCAGGAAGAGCUCCUCGCAAAGGAGCUUGAAGACAUUGACAGGUGGGGUAUCAACAUCUUCAAGGUUGCAGAGUACUCUGGGAAUCGCCCGCUGACAGUCGCAAUGUACACAAUCUUUCAGGAACGUGAUUUGCUUAAAACCUUCAAGAUUCCUGUGGAGCAUUUUAUCAACUUCAUGAUGACACUGGAGGAUCAUUACCACUCGGAUGUGGCUUACCAUAACAACAUCCAUGCUGCAGAUGUGGUGCAGUCCACACAUGUGCUGUUGUCCACCCCUGCUCUGGAGGCCGUAUUUACUGAUCUGGAGAUCCUGGCUGCGCUGUUUGCAAGCUCCAUCCAUGAUGUAGAUCACCCCGGGGUUUCCAAUCAGUUUCUCAUCAACACCAACUCAGAGCUGGCCUUGAUGUACAAUGACGUGUCCGUGCUGGAGAACCAUCACCUGGCUGUGGGUUUUAAGCUUCUGCAGGAGGAUAACUGUGACAUCUUUCAGAACCUGAGCAAAAAGCAGAGACAGUCUCUGCGCAAAAUGGUCAUUGACAUGGUGCUGGCCACUGACAUGUCUAAACACAUGAACCUAUUAGCAGACCUGAAAACCAUGGUGGAGACAAAGAAAGUAACCAGUCUGGGUGUCCUUCUCCUGGACAACUAUUCGGAUCGCAUACAGGUUCUUCAGAACAUGGUCCACUGUGCUGACCUAAGCAAUCCAACCAAACCACUUGAGCUGUACCGUAAGUGGACUGAUCGCAUCAUGGUGGAGUUUUUCACUCAGGGCGACACGGAGCGAGAUAAAGGAAUGGAGAUAAGCCCCAUGUGUGACAAGCACAACGCCUCCAUAGAGAAGAACCAGGUGGGAUUCAUCGACUACAUUGUUCAUCCGCUCUGGGAGACGUGGGCUGACCUGGUGCAUCCUGAUGCUCAGGAGAUCUUAGACACGCUGGAGGACAACAGAGAGUGGUACCAGAGCAUGAUCCCACGAAGCCCCUCACCCAGCCCAGAUGGGCAGGAAGAGAGGGGCUCUCUGGAGGAAGCUUCAGCACCCGGCGGAGGCCCAGGCUCCAAUACUGCUGAGAAGUUCCAGUUCGUGCUGACCUUAGAGGAAGAAAGCGAGUCUGACACAGAGAGCACACUUGAGGAAGAGAAGGGCUGCAGGAGCAAAACCAAACCCGGCGGUGCAGUUGAUUCAGGAUCUGUCACAACUCGACGGCUCAACAAAAUCCUCACCGGUGACUCCGGCAGGACAUUUUCUUUGGACUCUGAGAAAGAUAUGGCUGAAGAUAGAGAAACAGACCAAGAAGGCCUCUCUGAGGUCCCACGUUUCAGACUCGGCACAUAGCAGCAGCCACAGGUGUUUCCCCUCACACCCUCUUUGUUUCACUCAGAUUGAUGUCAGUGCCUUGGUCUCUGUCACCGUUCUUCCCUCACCUCAAACGGAUGCCAUCCUUCCGUGGCUCUCCUCAAACAGGGUGACAGUAAGACUCAAGCCGGAUGUUCUGGAAGGCAGACGAGUGUCGGGUGGAUGAGGAGGGUCUGCAGCUUUACACAAUGGUCACUUGCACUGAAAAAAGACGGACAGGUUUGAACACCGUUCCAUGAAGGACACAAAGCAACUUUCCUACCUGUCUGUUGUGUUCUUUGUUUUCAUUCAAUGAAGACAAAAAGCAAAAAAAAAAAAAACGUCUUGAGUCUCUCAAAGGUCUAUUACAAGUUAGGACAGAGAUAUCUUUGUCAUUAAACUGAGACAGUGAUGAUUUACGGUAAAAAGGACCUUCCAGACCUCUUGCCAUGCAGAUUAGGGGGACAGUGCUAUUCUGGUGGAUCUUUUUCAGGAUGUUGGGGUGUUUCUUAUCUUCAUUUAUACACUAAAUGAAGGGUCUGUUCAAACAGAACACAUCUGGGUAAAGUUACUGAAAUGUCAGACUAGUAUUUGGAAUCUAUGUGGAAAACUAAAUGUAGCAAAUGUUUGGAUUGACUACCUUACUGUCACUAUAUUGUCACACCAAAACUUGUUUUUGCUUGCAGUGCUGUCUGAUGUGUUCAUCAGACAGGUAUGACUUUGAAUAUGUUUUUUUUUUCUAUUUUCUCAUAAUGCUAAACUAGGAUAUUGUCAUGCAGAAUUAAGAAAACUAAAUCAGCAUCAUAGUGUUGCUGGGCUGUUCAGGAAUUACAUCCAAAGAAGUUCAGGAAGAGCAGGUGCUGCCUCCUAGUGUCUAAAAAUGGAAAUGAUUGUCUGGGACUGAGGCAAGGUUUUGCAUCCAAAAUGUAUCAGAGUGUUUUUUUAUUAUUAUUUUGCUCCUGUUUCCUAUUUGAAGAUAGAAUAUAAUUCUAGUUUGUUGAGUUGUUUUUUUUACACUGACAAGCACUGACAAGGAUUUUUUUAGGGCUUAAGCCAAAACAGGAACACGCUGACAACUGUUUAUGAUAAAGAGCGAUCAGUGCAAAUGUCCUGCAGAAACUGCAGAAAUGCAAACAACUUUGAAUACUUUUAGCACUACAUUGAAGUCUAUUUUAGUCACUGGCAUCUGCUCAGUGACUGUUUUUAAACGACUCAACAGAUAAGCUCAGUGUAGCUGACGAAACCCAGAGGGUUACCAACAGAGAUUUGUCUUUGCCACAUUUUUCCUCUUUUUUUCCUGUCACAGAUCCAUAUUUUGCUCUUUGGAGAGAAACAGUCAAUGACACCAAACAAGUGCCAAGCAAGCAUGACACAAGCAGUACUGUAAUUUCCAUUUUGCCACCGGCUACUUUCCAUCAGCGGCUGAUAAAGCUGGCUGGUUGUAGCGAUCUGUGUGCCAACUGGACCUUAAUGUCUGUGGUCAUUUUUGUCUAACUCCUGUUCAGAUCACUGUAUCUGACCAUUUAUUAAAACAGUGAUUUUAUUUUGUGACUGAGUGAUUACGUUAACGUUUAGAUUUUUUUUUUUUUUUUUUUUUUUUUGGUUAAACCAGAUGCACUUUGAAAGGUACUUUUACAGUUCUGCACAUCCGGUGCACUUAAACAUGUAUAACAUGACUGUGUUACUGUUUAGUCAGUUGGUGGUUUAAUUGCCAGGGCUGGACCACUACAGGUGUUAAAGGGUUGAUGUCGCAGGGACUUCUUUGAAGACCUUCAGGAAAAAACUGUGCUAAGUUGUCCAACGUUGGCUGAAGGAUUCCAACCACCAUAAGAGUUUAUGAAGGAUUACUUAAGAAUUAGGGUGGUGUUAAAUUUGUUUUAUUUUGUUACCAUUAAAAGAUUAAGUUAUGUUUUAAUGUGUGAAUAAGCUAAAAGUUUCUAUUGAAGCCUUAUUUUAAUUUUAUGUUUUAUUUUUCUGGUUAAAUGUAUUCUGUUUGCAAAUUCUAAACAACACCAAACCCUCCAACUUUCAAGGGUGCCUUCAACGCUAAGGACUUUUUAACCCCACUUUAACCAGCACAACAAUAUGCAAUGAUUAAGUCUGUCUUUUACCUUAAUGAUUUUCUAUUUUCCUCACAGAGAUCCAUGUGCAAUGUAUUUUUUUCAGUGCUGUUAGCACAAUGAGACGAAUGGACAGUGCCUUAGUGAAGGCCUAUGUGCGUUUAAGUUGAAUGAGACAAACUGUGACUAUUAGUAAGACUUUAUAUUCUUUCGUUUCUUUCCAGUCUGCUAAUAAUACGACUCAUUUGCAAAAUCUUUUCUUUUUCUGCAGAUGUAACUGAGUGACAGAUUUUCUCCUGUUUUCUGAAGCAUCUCAGUCCUAUCUUUCUGUUUGCCCUGAACUCACCACAUGGUUCAUGAAGGCCAUGCAGUAUUUGUGCUGAUUACAGACCUCAGUUCGUAAUGAAUAUAGAAACACACGGUCAUUCCUGACCUGGGUUUAUACACCGAUCAGAAUUGAUAUGAGAUGCUGCAGCUUUGACAAUCCAAACUCUGCUGUUUAACUCUGGGUGUGUUACUCCUCCUUCCAGCUACAAAUUCCCAAUAAAGACACAAAAAGCUCUUUGAUGA